CUCCUCCACUGCCAUUUGACCACUCCUCGAUAGUUGAUGACUCGCCCACGAGCUCACAGGAGGAAGAGGAGGAGGGUGGUGUUGAGCUAGAGCGUCCUCCUACCACGAUCGGGAGCCCGAUCAAACUUCCCAAGCGCAACACCCAGGUGGUAAAGCCUGGCAGUGCACUCUCGAAGCCUACACGAGCAAUCCCUAACAAAUCGGCUACACGAGAAAAAGCGCAGAGACAAGUCGAUGGAGCCAGCGAGCCAAGGCGAAAGAUACAACCCAACAAGGAAUCACGAACUAAGGGUUCAAAAGUUCAGAUGCUUAUGAGAAAGUUCAGCGAAGAGAACCUCCCUAAGGUUCCGCAGCUCAAGGAGUCACGUGCAAACAACAACAUCAUCCUAUCCGAGGUCAAUCGCAACAUAGUCAGGGCGGCACCCCCGGAAUCCGAAAAGGAGCCUGUUGGAGCGCAAAGAACCGUGCACGAAGAAAACGAAGACGAGUGGGACAGUUCGGAACAAGAGAGCCCUACCUUGGAUGGUUCCUUCAUGGAGCCAUCAAUUCUCGAAACAGUAGAGGAGGAAGACACACAUUCAGAACCCGAUCUGCCACGAUUCCCGCGAAGGAUGGCCAGCAGCAUCUCUGUCGCCUCAACCGUCGUCCACGACACAUCCCGUUUGACAGAGCUCGAUGCCAGCGAUUCAUUCCGCGAGGAUUCGAUGGAACCCGAGCUGCCGCCACUGCCGGAUCCGGAUCAGCCCUUCUCUAGUGACGCCGUCAGCCCACCCAGUUCUCCGCCAUUGAGAUAUCAACCGAGAACCACCUCGGUCUCUUUUGAGGAGAUGCCUCGGGUCUUCCCUAUCAGGGAGCUUGGGCCGCCUUUGACUCUAGAGAACUUGAAUUCAUCUGCCGUUUUUGAUCCUGACGCAUCGUUUGACUACGAGGCUCAAAUGGGGAGCCACAGCCGUAUGAGCAUGGUCAGCAUGACGAGCGAAGAAGAUCACUUGCAUCAACAGAUCAAAGAGGUGUUGCAGAACAUCCCUGCUAAGAUCAAGCUCUCUAGAACUUUCAAGCCUCCCAUUAACCUGAAUCCGCCCGACUUCCAGGUUCCUGGUAAGGCCAGGCCUCGGACAUCAGAACCUUUCCGGCGAAGUGGCUCUGCCAUGUCCUCACGGGCCGGCACUCCGUCAUCCUACUCGCGCAGCGGCACACCGUCAUUCAUGCUUGCACCAGUCAGGGAACCGCGGCAGCGCCCGAAGAGCAGCCAAGAGAUCAAGACAUAUCAUCUCUCAAGAUCCACAGGCGAGGCGCCCAUCAAGCUCUUCAUCCGAUGUGUCGGAGAGAAUGGGGAGAGAGUCAUGGUUCGCGUGGGUGGUGGGUGGUCUGACCUGGGAGAGUAUCUGAAGGAGUAUGCCGCGCACCACGGGCGCAAGUCCAAAGGUGAAGGCAAGGUCGAGGUGCGAGACUCGCCGCAGCCCGGCAGCACCUCUCGCAUUGGGUCUAGCCCCUCCAGUCGACCGGCCUCAGCCUUGGAGACACCUUCGACGCCGCUGGCGGUCCGCAAAACCAGGAGAAGCGUGGGCGAGCACGAUGCACGACGACCUCUGCGGACCCCAAUCUCGAGACAGGGCACCAAGUCGCCGUCGCCGGACUUUGAGUCGUCGAGGAUGUCGAUGCGGAGCGACUUUGACGAGGAGAGCAGCUCGCUGGGCCUCGCUGGGCCCAAGCCCGCCAGAAAGGAGAUGAGCGACGAGAGCCGAGCCUGGGUCGAGAGCGUCAAGGAGAAGGUGCGACUUGUUAGCGGCGAGCGCAUCCCCACCCAACGUUCCCACAGCGGGAGCUUUGGCACAAUCGACAAGGUUGGAGGCACGACCAGGCUGUUCCGGAAGAAGUAGGGGAGGCUCUUUCGCAAGUAAAGCGCUUGUUUCAAAGCUGUACUGGGAUGUGCAUUGUUCUGUGGGGGAGAGCACCACUACGGGAUGUGGUCGCGCGCAAUCAUGACAACGGAGUGAUUGGGUCACACAUUUUAUUUCCUUUUCUUUGUGGUUUUGUUUUGCUGUUCGGGAAUGGCUGGAAAUACCCCCUCACACACGCAGACAUGCGGCGGCGCAUUUGCAAAGAUAACAUGCAUAGCGGCGGCCUCGCACGGCCUUGCUCUUUUAUUUUUUUAUUUUUCCUUGUGUCUUUGGUACCUGUUACAGGUCAGAGUAGUAGUACCUCCUUUUUUUAUGGGUGGGACGAGCAUCACCAGCAAGCAGGCUCAUGUGCUUAGCCAAUAUUUCCUGAGAUGAAAAAAAGAGCAUGCAUGGUCUUCACGUCCCAGUGUCAUCGAAUCUGCUGCUUUGCUCGCCUGUGUCCGCCUUUACAAAUCGGGGACGACCAAAAAAA